AUGGUCAUGCCCUUGGCAGUCUAUCCACCGCUUGAACAUAAUGUCUCGCGUCACGAAUACACUGUACCGACCAACCAUCACCAUAUGAUGAUGAAGUCGUUGAAGAAAAUGCCACCACUGCCUCCUCCACUGCUGGACGACGAGGUCGAACAGGAUCUUCUGCUAAUGCCAGCCUGGAAACAGACAAAUGGACAGGAGAUUGUCUAUGUGGUCCACCGGAAUCGUGCCGUUACUCGUGAAGUUUACGAAGAUGGAGUAAAGAAAACAGCGCGUUACGCAGGCGAAUUCACAGACGUAAACUACGAGCCGUGGAUAGUUUUCGUCAAUCAUCUUCCUGUCGAAGAUAACAAUAUAUUCGAAGAAAUGAAGUGCACGCAACCUGCUCAUCGCGGACAUAGUCCUCAGUAUGGUUAUCUCCCAGAAGAUUACGCUGGUGGAUACUUACGAAAGAAUGUUGCCAUAUUGGAAACGAAACUCACUGAGUUGGCUGCAAAACGUGAAAGCCAGUGAUAACGU